AUGUCCCGUAUAUUUCUUCCCUUCUGUAUUCAUUAUUCAAUGUCUCUCAGAUUCUUCCUCUGUAUCUCUUUAUUCUCAAUGUCCAAGAUUCUUCCUCUGUAUAUCUUUGUCUUCACGUCCUGUGUGAUUCUUUUCCUCUGUAUAUCUUAUCUUCUAAUGUCCUGUGAUUCUUUCCACUCUGUAUCUCUUUGUCUCAAUGUCCUGUGUGAUUCUUCCCUCUGUCUCUUGUAUUCUUCUUUGUAUCUCUUGUCUUCAAUGUCCCGUGUGAUUCUUCCCUCUGUAUCUCUUGUCUGUAUCUCGUGUUUUUUCCCCUCUGUAUCUCUUGUCAAUGUCCGUGUGAUUCUUCCCCUCUGUAAUGUCCCGUGUGAUUCUUCCCUCUGUAUCUCUUGUCUUCAAUGUCCUGUGAUUCUUCCCUCUGUAUCUCUUGUCUUCAAUGUCCCGUGUGAUUCUUCCCCUCUGUAUCUCUUGUCUUCACUGUCCCGUGUGAUUCUUCCCUCUGUAUCUUGUCUUCAAUGUCGUGUGAUUCUUCCCUCUGUAUAUCUUGUCUUCACUGUCCCGUUGUUCUUCCUCUGUAUCUCUUGUCUUCAAUGUCCCGUGAUUCUUCCCUCUGUAUCUCUUGUCUUCAAUGUCCCGUGUGAUUCUUCCCUCUGUAUCUCUUGUCUUCAAUGUCCCGUGUGUGAUUCUUCCCUCUGUAUCUCUUGUCUUCAAUGUCCCGUGUGA